AUCUCUGCAGCAUGGCCAGCGUGGGUCCGGGAGGCGUGUCGGGGUGGCCCGGGCGGCUGGUGUGGUACUACCUGGCCGUCUCCUGCAUCGGCUCCCUGGGCUUCUGGUCGCCGGGGACGCUUGCCUCGUACCCCCAGAGUGGAGAGUGUAAAGGGAAGGGGAAAGACUGCACAGACCUGUCGGAGAAGAAGAGUGACCUGAGAGUGUGCGACGACGCCUCCUGCAGGUACGGAGGGGUCUGCCGCGACGACGGCGCCCAGCUCAAGUGUGUCUGCCAGUUUCAGUGCCAUAAGAACUACGUGCCGGUGUGCGGCGCCAAUGGAGACACGUACCAGAACGAGUGCUACCGGCGGCAGGCCUCCUGCAAGCAGCAGAGGCUCAUCGCCCGCGCCGCCGACGGGCCCUGCUCCACGGAUCCUGGUUCCGGUUCUGGUGACAGUGAUGACUAUGAGGGCUCCAGCGUGGACGGAGGGAAGAAGUUCACCAAGUGCGGGACGUGUAAAUACGGCGCCGAGUGCGACGUUGACUCCGAGGACGUCUGGUGUAUAUGUAACAUCGACUGCAGCGGCCACAACGAGAACCCAGUGUGCGCAACGGACGGGAACUCGUACAACAAUCCGUGUCUGGUGCGCGAGGCGUCCUGCAUGAAGCAGGAGCAGAUUGACGUCAAGCACCUGGGGAGAUGUCCAGCCGAUAAAGAGAAGAUGGGGAAGAAGGAUGGAGGUGGUCAGUUUCAUCCAGACCUUUUAGAGACCAAAGGUCUGGACCACGGCGAGGGCUUCUACGCCGGGAUGCCCAUCCCGUGUGCUGAGAGCUACGCCGGCUUCUGCGUCCACGGGAAGUGCGAGCUGAAGUACAGCACGCCCCACUGCAGGUGUGACGCUGGUUACCAGGGCUCCCAGUGCGACCAGCCCCAGGACUUCAACAUCCUGUACGUGGUCCCCAGCGGCCAGAAGCUGCACUACGUCCUAAUCGCCGCCAUAAUCGGGGCUGUGCAGAUUGCCAUCAUCGUUGCCGUGGUGAUGUGCAUCACUAGGAAAUGCCCGAAGAACAACAGAGGUCGUCGACAAAAACAAAACGUGGGACAUUUUCCUUCCGACACAAACUCCAGGAUGGUAUAGCCGUGUCUUUUGAUACCCGCAUUUUUCUUAUGGCCUGAAGACAUCGUUUUUUAACGUCUAAAAAUGGGCUGUUUCGGGAAAACACAGAAAUAAGGGAGGUGAAUAUUAUUUUCCGGGGGCCUUAUUUUUCUCCCUUUGUAUUCGACGUGUGGCGGUCGGGCUUGUGUCGAGGCUCUACGAAACAAACCAAGGUCUUCGGCCAUGACCGCAGACUGAGAUGGAGGACCUGUUGUCACGAAACCAUCUCAUCUCAUCUCACUUUAUUCUCAAUCAUCCUCCGUUUGGUUCCUGUGAAUGAGGUACGAACACGGUACCUUUAGCUAACUGUACGUUUGGCUAACGUAGAGCGAAGCACAAAGUAAGACGUCAGCCCCUGGGAAUGUAUUAUUUAAUGAACAUGAGUAUGCCUCUUCUUGCUCCUCUACCGUUUGACCGAUAACGUGCAGCUGAUCACCAAAUGCAUUUUCUUUUGUUUGAUUUUGAUUUGAGUUCUUCGUUCGCGGGGUUGAGAGCCAUUGAGUCAAACAAUGAGGUUUGAUGUUUACACUUUAUUUUUUGAGAUGAAAUUCCAUGUAAAGAAUUCACUGUGUUCCAACAAGCUAAUAUUUCCUUACGUUAAUAUCAUUUUCUUGUAAAUUAGUUCUUACGGUUUUUUUUUACGUUGACGUUAAAUAUGAAGAGGAUGCUUCAGAGAUGGAGGUUACGUUUUUUUUUUACGUUGACGUUAAAUAUGAAGAGGAUGCUCAUUUUUUUUGUUGAAACCUAGUUCCUGUAUAAUCGCAUGACUUGUGAAGAUUUGUGUACCGUGGUGUGGUUUUAAACUUUUUAAAAAAGACACGCCGGAAGGCGUCAGGACCUUUUACGUUGUCGGCAUGGAAACCACGUUGGGAACGAUGUUGGAAUGCCGGAAAAAAACGAGGGAUGGGGGGCGGGGUUUGUCGAUGUGUCAGAGUAAUGCAAUGUGUAAUGUUUCUACGUCGGUCUGGACACCUUCAGAGAUGGAGGUUGGUUCUCUGAUGCGGGAUGGAUGGUGUGUGAUGAACUCGACUGAUUGUAAUGCUUCAAGGCAUGUUUUUUUCUCAGUGUUAACUGAGUUUAGAAGAUUGUACAGAAAGGGAUGUUCACGUUCUUUUCAUUUCUA